GGUGUGUGUGUGUGUGUUUGUUUGUCUCUCUUUGCGUGCGUGUGUCUGUGUGUGUCUCUGUGUGUGUGUCUCAGGGUGUGUGAGGUGCGUUCGGUGGACAGCUCGUCCAUCACGGCCUUCAUGGUCCACGAGUGCGAGGGCUCGAGCCGCAUCGGCUCGCGGCCGCGGCGCUACCUGUUCAGUGGCCAUGGCAACGGCAGCAUCCAGAUGUGGGACCUGACGACCGCCAUGGAGAUCGCCGGCAAGGUCGACAUCAGAGCGCUGGGCGGGCCAACGGAGGAGGAGCUGCUGGAGCUGUUGGACCAGUGUGACCUGGCUCUGACCCGAACACCUGACAGCACGCCGAGAGCCUCCACCUGCAGGUACGCCACCACACCACCACAACACCACCACCACGCCACCACAACACCACCACAACGCCACCACCACAACACCACAACACCACCACAACGCCACCACCACAACACCACAACACCACCAUCACCCCACCAC